GUCCUUCCUGUUUGCGCGCACGUAGCGUCAAUCAUCUUCUUCUUCCUCCCCGCAACAAGAUAAAAAUAAAUCAAGAAGGCUGCAAAAACUUUGUCGUACUUUAACCAUGCUGCAUCUCAGCCGCCGUCGUCGGCGUGUCACACCCCCGUAGAGAGGUUGUUUGUCAAGCAUCGGCCACCCGCCGUUGCAUCUCUGGCCACUAAGCGUAGCUCCGAUCUGCAGGGCCUCACCUUUCUGCCGACGGUGAGGGCCCCGCUCCGCCGAACCUGUCCGUGACUGAAUGUUCAUCACAUGAUCCAGUCCUCCCUUGUAAUUCGGGAUUAUGGUUACUGGCGGAUUAAAAAUCCUUUGUUAUUCCAAUUUUACCCUCCAGAUCGGGGCACUCCCUUCUUUCGAAUUCAGUCUCCGGGUUGCCAUCGGUGGCCGCUAUAAAUCUGGACUGGCGGCACCGCGGAAACCGCCAGUUUUAAGGGGACUCCAUAGACGUCAAGUUUCAGAGUGACCAGCAACUCAGGCGAUGUCGAGAUCUCUUCGCCGGCGACCGGCGGCCAGACCAUCCAUCAAGGCCCUCAGCAGCUAUAACCGAUGGUCCCCGCUAGCCAAUCUGGCAGAGGAAGAAGAUCAGUCGGAUCGGCUCAGUAGUUUGCCUGAUGGUGUGUUGCUCGAUAUUGUAGACCGACUUGACAUUGCGGAUGCUGCUAGAACCAGAACCCUCGCCAGACGGUGGAAGCAGAUUCCUACUAUGCUCUCCAGAAUUUUUAUAACAGUUGGUUCCCUUGACAAUGAGCACAAAAGGGAGCUCACCUGUGAUGAUGUAGCUCGGGCCAACGCCACCGUGCUUGGAGCAACCAGGAGCGUGCUGGAAAGCAGGACUACAAGUCUAUGCACCAUCAACCUCCUGUGUCUGCAAUUCUUCUUGGGCGAUGGAACUGUCAGUAUUGGUCAGAUUGUUGCCAACACCAUGGUAACGGAGAAGGUUGGCUCAGCGGAGUUAACCCUCUUUACAAUGAAGGACACCGACCGAUGCACAAACGACGAUGUUCUUACUUACGGGAAACAGUUCAAGUCAUUUCUUGAUGCCUGCCCAAACGCGUUCAGUGGUCUUGCACGACUCAAGCUAGAAAAUUUCAGGCUAGGCGAAUCACCGGGCUUCCCUGAAAUUUUCAGCAUAUGCAAGCGACUAGAGUUCCUCCGUCUAUUCAACUGCGACAUGGGGAUGCUGUCUUUGCUAGAAGUGUCACACCCACUACUACGUGAACUAGAGAUUGUCAGGUGUUAUUUUGAGAGGGUUGAUCUCAAGUGGCUACCAAAGCUUACAGUGCUGACUUUUUCUCUGUGGGUCAGUGAGCAUGAUCCUUUGUCUUUAGAUUAUGUACCACUGCUCCAGACUCUGAGCAUCACUCAUAUGGCUCGUUUACGGCAUAAGGUGCUCAAGUUAAGUGAGUUCCUUGGCAAAGCCACCAUAAGCCACCUGAACUUGAACUUUCUCUGUGAAAAGAUCUGGGUUAAACCAGAAGAACCAAAUCAAUUGUGGCAGGUGUUCCACAAAUUAAGGCAUGUGACUUUGACCCACAUUUCUGAAGAAUGUGAUCUGAAUUGGACAAUGUUCAUUCUCCAAGGUGCACCGUCCCUUCAGGAGCUAUGCAUCAAGGUGUGGGACCAUCUAUGUGAAAUGACAGUGAAUGAGCAAGAGAGGAUAAAGUAUGGGCUUAGCAACGAGAAGAAGGAUGCGCACAUAUUAUGGAGAGCACCUGCAUCUGAUUUCAAGCACCGCAAUUUGUCUGUGCUCAGGGUCUUUGGGUUUCAUGGGAGGCGAAGGUUGUGAAUUGCAUCGAACGUGUCAUGAAAUCAUCGGCCGCCCUGGAGGACAUAUACUUGUAUGAGAAGCCUGCGUGCGAGUACUGUAAGCACACGGCAUGGAAGCGCAUAUUUCUGCGGAGAAACAGUCAGCCGGCCACGCCUGCGAACAUAUUGGACAUGGGGAUCAGCUUGCGUGUAAGGGUUCAUUUGCCGGGUUUGCAUUACUUUGGCUGAAUUUGCCUAUGUCACCUGAGAGUAUAGACCUGGACAGUUUGUGUUUGCUGUGUAGCUCCUAUGUUAUCAAGUGUGUUUUAUUUGGCAGUCGAGAAAUGCCCUGCACAAUAUUUUUAUAUGGUCAACUGGAACUGUAUUGCCAUUUGCAUUGCCAGUAGACUCAAGUAUUUGUAUCUAUGGACCUUUUGUUU